GACAGACCUGCUUUGAACCCUGCCCUUGCAUCCUCUCCCAGACACCUCCCUCUGCUGGGGCCUUUAAAAGCCUCCCACACAGAGAUGAGCACCUCCGACAGACCUGACAUCGACAAGAGUCAAUCGGUUGAUUCCUGACCAGAGAGUUUAUUGCUAAUCAUGGAUAAUCAUUCCUACAAUUUCCCUUCUGACUGUACCCCGCUCACCAACUGUAAGUCGGCCCGCAAGCCGGCUGGAUCCACUGUGGUCAACAUGGGCAACGCUGGGAAGUGUCCUCCCCGGGACUACCUGCUCUGGUCGCUCUGCAACACUUUCUACGUUAACUUCUGCUGCCUGGGUUUUAUGGCACUACUCUACUCAAUCAAGGCAAGAGACCAGAAGACUUUAGGAAACCUGCAGAUGGCCCAGGAGUGCUCGGACAAGGCAAAGUGGUACAACAUCCUGGCAGCCGGUUGGAACCUGCUGAUCCCCCUGCUUGCCAUCGUCCUCCUUGUCCUCCUCCUCGUCCACCUCGGCACUUCUGAGGGAAAUUUUGAUUUCUUCGGAGAAGACGGCUUCCAGAAUUUCAUGAAUUUGUUCAGCUGGUAAAUGAGAGCAGAAAAAGAAAUAGCUGAUGUUGGAUUAAAAGAUUUUAUUUUAAAUAAGAUAGGAAGAAAGAUCCCUUAUAUUACAUAAUCUCAACUGAUUUUGAGGGGAAAAUAACAGUGAAUAUUAAAAAGCUGUCAGUACUUUUGGAUAUGAAAUACAGAGGUGAAAUACUGAAUAUGGUCUGGUAAAACCUCCCCUGAUGUUCUUCCAGCUGUGACAGUUUAAAGUCUGCUGUGAAAAAGAUCUACUCAGAUUGUCAGCAUUAACAAGUUUUGGUCCGUGAAGUUAGCCAAAGGUUGGAUCAGCCUAAAAACUUGUCCACAAUAUUUUGGUUCUUAUUUAUUCUAUUUAUGUUCCGAUGAAUUUUGUAAUCAUAACAGCUGAUUUAUAUUUUGUCAGUAUGAAAGAAACGGGAGCAAAGAGAACAGUGGUGCUGCUGUACAAUCACGAUAUCAUUACUCUUUAACCAUCUUUUGUUUUAAUUCUCCUUACUUACAGCCUUUUUGUGUUUGGAUAUAUCAUUUUCUUCUUAGUCAAUAAACAAUAUGUUGUAAUUAAUCUAAUUUAGUCUUUAACUUGUAUAAAUCUCCUUAUAGUCCAGCUCUGAUUAUCUUUUGAUCUAAACUCUUCCCCAUGUUCUUAUAAUGAUUACUAUGCCGGUUUGGGGCAAAAUAAAAAAAAACUGUGUCCCUUCCA